UUUGAAGUGUGCGUAUAGCAUUGGCAUUGGCAUUCCAUUCCGUUGCCUGAUGAACGAAGAGCCUUUGCUGUAUUGAGUGGGCUAAGUAGGGUUUGAGUGCAAUAGAUUGAUCCCUUCCAUCGAUAUAAUCCUCAUAUUCUUCCAGAUCUCGCAAACUACGUCAACGAUCAGUGAUCUGUGUCUUUUGUUCACAGGAAGUGAGAACAAUAAGCAUCAAAAUGGAAUUGGCAGAUAGAGCAGUUGGAUUCCUAUUAUCCUUUAUUAGCUUAUCGAUAUUCACUUAUUAUACUUUCUGGGUUAUCAUCCUGCCAUUUGUAGAUGAUGAUCACUUUGUGCACAAGUAUUUCUUACCCCAAGAGUAUGCUAUCCUAAUACCAGUAUCUGCUGGCGUGGCACUUCUUUGCUUCUUAUGCAUAUUUAUUGGAUUCGUGAUGCUUAAAUCUAAAAAGAAGAAGGCUUAAAUUUUUAUUACCCUUUUGCCGCACAAUUUGUGUUGAACUUUUGAAAAACAUCGAAUAUUAAAUGUAUUUGCAACCAUUUUACCUUUACCUUCUAUUUCUUACAAAAACAAAGAUAAGUUUUUUUCACCGUCUUCCCAU